AUGCAUCACAUCUUUCUACUCCCAGAAUUGCUCAUGGAGAUCAUCUCCUUCCUGCCACCCGCAGACCUUCGUACCUGCGCCUCAGUCUCGAGACACUGGAAAGAAACACUCCGGCUCAACCUCCAUCCUCGCAACUUUCCUCUACCUAACACUAUGUAUAAUAAUCCCAGUACUCCAAGACCACAUAUACUCAAGAAGUUACCUCAAUCCAUCUCAUCUCUUGCCCGAGAUAUCGUCCAUCGAACAACACUGUGGCAGAAUGCAGGGGUCGUUUUAGAUAUCUCAGACGAUUACUACUUCUGGCACGAUGGCGCUUACAGUAACCUUCUCUCUGCAUUGAGCCAAUACUUGCAUCCUUGGCUGGGAAAGCAUGUAUGUGAGUUUGUUGGUGGUUUGGAAGAGAUAGCGAGGGGAGACAUGGGAAUUUGUGUCAGGACGAAGUUGGGUGCUGAAGAGUUGGAUGAGUGGUUUAGGGAGGGUGAAAGGGAAGUGAGCAGGGAGAGGAGUGUGAUAGAUGCGUACUUGUCAAAGCCUGUAACACGGAGUGUAGAGAUUUAUUGUGUGGAAGGGGCGGCGUGGGAUCAAGAGUACGUCAAUGUACUACAAAGAGGAGCAAGGAGACAAUGGCAGCAGCGCUGUGUAAAGAUCGAACGGAGAAACGGGAUUCGAUUAGGAGAUGUGGUCGAUGAGUUGAGGGGCAUGUUGAAACCUAAUGAGGCGGUGACGGAGUUUGGGGGGGAUGUGCAAAAAGAGGUGCUGCUGGAAUGGAGAUUCGAUGAUGCAGCAAUCAGAAUGAUGUGUUUUGAGUGGUUGGACAGCACAGGAUAA